GUUUUGCAGAGCAGCCGUGGUACAAGCCGCUGUUGUUCACAAACAGGAACUGCCUGCUCCUUUCAUUAGAAAAGGUCCAUAUCACAACAGCGGCAUGUGCUUUUUCUUAGCAGUGCUCGGUCCUGCUGAGUCAGAGUCACCUUGUAUGCAGCCAAGCAAAAGCCAGUAAAACGGGCAUUAAUAAAGUUGUUCUGAGCCACGCAAAAGAGCAGAGGUAAUGCAGAUGUGAACUGCUCAGAGGCAGGAUAUUUUUAGAAGAUAAGACGUGGAUGGGCUGAAGGCUUAGCAGAAGAGAGCUACUGCAGGUAGAGAAGUGAAUGCAAUACGCAUACUAGAGAAACAGACUACUUCAUAUUUGGGGAGCUCCCCGCUGAAUUUAAUGUCCUACUGGAUCUGUGACACAAAGAUUAAGUCUGGCACCCUGACUGAGCAAGCAGGAAAUGCUUCUUUGUCCUGGCUCUUUGGGAUUCAGGGGAGGAGCCCUAUUGUGUGAGAGCACCCUGCCCCAAGCCAGUCCCAGCCUCUACUACAGGACCAGCACAGGUUAACUGAACAACUGGACUCAGCAGAGGUGGCAGCUGCUGUGAGCCUCCUGCAAGUAAGGACCACACAGCCCCAUGGAUGUGCAGAUGCAGUGAGAAGUUGAUCCUUACCAACAAGCAGACCUUGUUUUUCCCUCCCUAAGCACCAGCUGGGCCACUUGGAUCACCACCUUUAACUGUCAGGCGUUUAUCUUCUAUGAACCAACAUGGAAAGCAAUCUUAAGAAUGUUCUUGUCAUUUCUUUUGGAUUUUUACUUCUAUUUACUGCUUAUGGAGGGCUGCAGAGUCUGCAGAGCAGUCUCCACUCUGAAGAAGGUCUUGGCGUUGCCUCACUAAGUGUUAUCUAUGCAGCUCUCAUCCUCUCUUCCAUGUUUCUCCCUCCAAUCCUCAUUAAGAAGCUGGGCUGCAAAUGGACCAUUGCAGGCUCUAUGUGCUGCUACAUCACAUACUCCUUGGGCAACUUCUAUGCCAGCUGGUACACGCUAAUCCCUACCUCCAUAAUCCUGGGACUUGGGGGAGCCCCUCUGUGGUCUGCUAAAUGCACCUAUCUCACAAUAGCUGGCAAUUUGUAUGCCCAAAAGGCAGGGAAAAUUGGAAGAGAUGUCAUCAAUCAGUAUUUUGGGCUCUUCUUUCUCAUAUUCCAGUCUUCUGGAGUCUGGGGAAAUCUUAUUUCAUCUUUGAUAUUUGGCCAGACUACCACCACAGUAGCGGAAGUCUCAGAAGAAGACCUGAUGUGCUGUGGAGCAUAUGACUGCAUGACAAAUGCUACAACUAACACCACUGCAUCGAGUGGGCCAACCAAGACCUUAAUCUAUAUCCUGUUGGGUGUCUACACUGGUAGUGGUGUGAUAGCUGUGCUGCUGAUUGCUCUAUUUCUGGAUCAAAUCAAAGCCAACCAAGCAGAGAGUGAGACAGAAAAAAUGCAGACACAGUCCUUUUGGUCCACAUUCCUAGCAACUUUCCAGCAUCUUAAAGAUAAGCGACAGUGUCUCCUAAUCCCGCUGACAAUGUACAGUGGGUUUGAACAGGCAUUCCUUGCUGGUGACUAUACAAAGGCAUAUGUGACCUGUGCCCUGGGGAUACAUUUUGUUGGUUAUGUGAUGAUCUCCUUUUCAGCUGCAAAUUCGUUCUGCUCUCUGUUCUUUGGAAAGAUUUCCCAGUUUACUGGCAGAAAAGCCCUAUUUGCAUUAGCUGCAAUUACAAACCUUGCCUGUAUAAUAGCACUAUUGCUGUGGAACCCUCACCCAAACCAACUUGCUGUAUUCUUCAUAUUCCCUGCUCUUUGGGGCCUAGCUGAUGCCAUCUGGCAGACGCAAACCAACGCACUCUAUGGAGUUUUAUUUGAGAAGCACAAAGAGGCAGCCUUUGCUAAUUAUCGACUCUGGGAGUCAUUGGGAUUUGUCAUCGCCUUUGGAUACAGCACCUUCUUACAUGUUUACGUCAAACUGUACAUCGUAAUGGCUGUGCUGGUGGUGGCUAUAGUGAUGUAUGGGGCACUUGAAUACCUGGAAGCAAAGGACUUGCCUGGAACACCUACCACUGUGAAGGAGGAAAUAACAGGAUCUGUAGUCCAGCAAACACGCCUUUAAACCCAACAGGAUCAGAGCGGUGGAAACAAAGAAUGCUGGGCAGCUCAGCACAACUGAUUUCUUUAAGGGAGAUUCAAAGUGUUCAGUCAGAUUUUAGAAGAAUAUAAAGGAACUGUUUUCCCGGUCAGGCUAAUAUAAAGAAAUAGGAAUAAAUCUCCUUUCAUACCUCUGGUUUUUAAAAGAUUAUCUGACUUUGUCAUUUCACUCAAACUCUUACUAAUAAUGACCAACUAUUUUUUUAAAAAUUGUAUUGGAUUUUUUUUUACAAUAAAAUAAAAUUUUAUUAAACAUGAUAAAAAACC